AUGGAGCCGUCAAAGAAAAAUCAAAAAACACUGUUUUCGUUCUUUUCUAAGCAACCAAAUGAAGAUAAAGGUGAAGAAGUAAAUGAUUUCGGUGUAUCUCUUUCAGGGAAAAAUUCUACUUCUCUUCGUGUGUCUUCAGAUGAAAAAAGUGAUUUACAGGCAGGAACUGAAAGUAAUUCUUCUGUAAGUUCGUCUUCGAAUAUGCAUGAGCAUGAUGAACAAAAUAAAUCAGAAUGGCCUUCUAUAUGGACUAUUGAUAUGUGGGAACGCAAAAAACAAGCCUUCCCAUGGUUGGGUUGCAAAAACGGUUCAUUAGGCUGUACAUUAUGUAGCACCGUUUCUCAUCUUGGUGCUUUUAAAAAGGAACGUACAUCAAUUUCUAAAGAAUGGUGCACAUUUGCAAUAACAUUCAAUGGGUCUAGUAAGUCUGCCCAACUUACUUCCCUAAGAAAAAAAAUUUUUCUUCACAAGCAAUCAUCAGCCCACUUGACUGCUGAGAGCAUAACCGCUAAGGCGAACGAGGAAACUAUUGAAAACGUUUGUGAUAAAAUGAACGUUUCCAAUCUAGAAUCUACAAUUAAAGUAUUUCGAUCAGCUUACUAUUUGGCAAAAAAUGAUAGGCCCUUUUCUGAUUAUUCUAAACUUUUGCAACUUCAGAAAAUGAAUGGUGUAGACAUUGGUGUAGGAUUACACUCUAGAUUUAGUGCAACUGAAAUCAUUGACCACAUUUCUCAUGAAAUGAAAAAGCGAAUUACUCAACAGGUGAAAAGCAUUUCAGGUAAAAUUUCGAUUUUGAUCGAUGAAUCUACAAGCUUAAGUGAUAAAUCUACCUUGAUUGUUUAUUUAAAAUGUGAAACCAGCAAAGAUUUGCCACCAAAUGUCUUAUUCUUAGACCUAAUUGAAUUGCCUAACCAAACUGCUGAUUCUAUUUUUGAGGCACUUUUAGGUUGUUUGAAAAAAUAUGGGUUUGAUUUUGAGUACCUAAAAGAGAAUUUAGUUGCAUUUGCCUGUGAUGGCGCUAGUGUCAUUUAG